AACAAUGGGUCGCGAUUGCGGAGUAGCGUAAAAUUAAUUAGAAAUUAAACCAUCGCCCGUGCUUGCGAGCAGUGCAUUUAGAGGCCACCCAGCCAACGACACAGCCAAAAAAAGUUGUCCCAAAGGCAGCUGCAGCACCCCCGCGCGACCGUUAACAGCAAUCAGACACGCAUUUCUAUUGAUUUUGAGUUGUGCUGUGCAUUUGUGCAUUAAAUAUUAAACAACAAAAACGGGAGAGAGAGACAGAGAGACGGUGGGUGUGCGUGGCAGCCUGGCGAAUUGUUGCUCCUGUUUUUCCCCCACACCCCAUUCUGUGCCAAGUGAUCUCGUCACCAUGGAGCCCAGCAGCGUCGACGCGCUCAGGUGGAAGAAGUGAAGUGGCGGAGCACCAGACCAGCAGCAGCAGCAGCUGUCUGUCUGUCUUUCUGCGGGUGGAGAAUCACACAGCACACACACGAAAAAGCUAACGAAAUUUGUUGUUUCCAUCCCCACCUCAUUGUUGUUGUCGGGGUGUGCGUGUGUGAGUGUGUUCGGCGAUAGUGUGCCAGUGUUUGUUAGUGUGUAAACAAAAAAUAAAAAUUAAAAAGUGAACUAGGCGAAAAGAUAGUAGAGCGGAGAGCAGCCAGCCAGCCAGCAGAAGCAGCAGCAACAGCAACAGCAACAAUGGCCAACAGUCGGAGUCGCGCCAUACUAAAUGUUAAUCUCGAUACGGUCAUGGCCAACGAUCCGUUGCGUGAGCUUUUCGAGGCCUGCAAGACGGGGGAAAUAGCCAAAGUGAAGAAGCUGAUAACGCCACAGACCGUAAACGCACGAGACACGGCGGGACGAAAAUCCACGCCAUUGCAUUUUGCAGCGGGUUACGGACGCCGCGAGGUCGUUGAGUUUCUGCUGAACAGCGGCGCCUCCAUCCAGGCCUGUGACGAGGGCGGCCUGCAUCCGUUGCACAAUUGCUGCUCCUUCGGGCAUGCGGAGGUGGUGCGCCUGCUGCUGAAGGCGGGCGCCAGUCCGAACACCACCGACAACUGGAACUACACGCCGCUGCAUGAGGCGGCCAGCAAGGGCAAGGUGGACGUGUGCCUGGCGCUGCUGCAGCAUGGAGCCAACCACACGAUACGCAACUCGGAACAGAAGACGCCCCUGGAGCUGGCGGACGACGCCACGCGGCCGGUCCUAACCGGAGAGUAUCGCAAGGAUGAGCUGCUGGAGGCUGCUCGAUCGGGUGCCGAGGAUCGACUGCUGGCGCUGCUCACGCCGCUGAAUGUCAAUUGUCACGCCAGCGAUGGGCGGAGAUCGACACCGCUGCAUCUGGCGGCUGGCUACAAUCGCAUUGGCAUCGUGGAGAUUCUGCUGGCCAACGGCGCGGAUGUGCAUGCCAAGGACAAGGGCGGACUGGUGCCCCUGCACAAUGCCUGCUCCUAUGGGCACUUCGAUGUGACCAAGCUGCUCAUCCAGGCGGGCGCCAAUGUGAAUGCCAAUGAUCUGUGGGCCUUUACCCCCCUGCACGAGGCAGCCUCCAAGAGCCGCGUGGAGGUGUGCAGCCUGCUGCUGAGCCGCGGCGCCGAUCCCACGCUACUCAACUGCCACAGCAAGUCGGCCAUGGACGCGGCACCAACGCGAGAGCUGCGCGAAAGGAUUGCCUUUGAGUACAAGGGCCACUGCCUGCUGGAUGCCUGCCGCAAAUGCGAUGUGUCGCGUGCCAAGAAGCUCGUUUGCGCCGAAAUUGUCAACUUUGUGCAUCCGUACACGGGCGACACGCCGCUCCACCUGGCCGUGGUCUGUCUGGAUGGCAAGCGAAAGCAACUCAUGGAGCUGCUCGCCCGCAAGGGCGCCCUGCUCAACGAGAAAAACAAGGCAUUCCUGACACCAUUGCACAUGGCCUCGGAGCUGCUGCACUACGAUGCCAUGGAGACGCUGCUCAAGCAGGGGGCCAAGGUGAACGCCUUGGACAGCCUCGGCCAGACGCCGCUGCAUCGUUGUGCCCGGGAUGAGCAGGCCGUGCGUCUGCUGCUCUCCUAUGCGGUGGACACGAACAUUGUCUCGCUGGAGGGACUCACUGCCGCCCAACUGGCCUCGGACAGCGUGCUGAAGCUCUUGCAGAAUCCACCGGACAGCGAGACGCAUUUGCUGGACGCGGCCAAGGCCGGCGAUCUGGACACUGUGCGCAGAAUUGUGCUGAACAAUCCGCACACAGUCAACUGUCGGGAUCUCGAUGGGCGACACUCCACGCCGCUGCACUUUGCCGCCGGCUUCAACCGCGUGCCCGUGGUUCAGUUUCUGCUGGAGCAUGGCGCGGAGGUGUAUGCCGCGGACAAGGGCGGCCUGGUGCCGCUUCACAAUGCCUGCUCGUAUGGCCACUACGAGGUCACCGAGCUGCUGGUCAAGCAUGGCGCCAAUGUGAAUGUCUCCGAUCUGUGGAAGUUCACGCCGCUGCACGAGGCCGCCGCCAAGGGCAAGUACGACAUUUGCAAGCUGCUGCUAAAGCAUGGCGCAGAUCCCAUGAAGAAGAAUCGCGAUGGCGCCACACCAGCGGAUCUCGUCAAGGAAUCCGAUCAUGAUGUUGCCGAACUGCUGCGUGGCCCCUCCGCCCUGCUGGAUGCUGCCAAAAAGGGCAAUCUGGCGCGUGUGCAGCGACUGGUGACAGCCGAGACGAUCAACUGUCGCGAUGCGCAGGGCCGGAACUCGACGCCACUGCACCUGGCCGCUGGCUACAAUAAUUUCGAGUGUGCCGAAUAUCUGCUAGAGAACGGGGCCGAUGUGAAUGCGCAGGACAAGGGAGGACUGAUACCCCUGCACAAUGCCAGCUCGUACGGGCACUUGGACAUAGCCGCGCUGCUGAUCAAGCACAAGACCGUGGUGAAUGCCACCGACAAGUGGGGCUUUACGCCGCUGCAUGAGGCCGCCCAAAAGGGACGGACGCAGCUGUGCUCGCUGCUGCUGGCCCAUGGCGCCGAUGCGUACAUGAAGAACCAGGAGGGACAAACGCCCAUUGAGCUGGCCACCGCCGAGGAUGUCAAGUGUCUGCUGCAGGAUGCCAUGGCCACGUCGCUCAGUCAGCAGGGUCUGAGCGCCUCCACGCUAUCGCUGGCUGGUUGCUCGCCCUCGCCGGAGACGGCUGGCUGUGCCGCUGCUGCGGGAGCUGCUGCUUCACCGGCUGGCGUGGCAUCCACCGGCUCUGCCUCCUCCUCGGCCAUGCUGUCGCCCACGACAGAGACUGUUUUGCUGCCAACAGGUGCCUCAAUGACGCUCAGUGUGCCCGUGCCCCUGCCCAUGGCCAGCUGUACGCGCAUCAGUCCUGCGCAGGGUGCCGAGGCCAAUGGCGCUGAAUCCUCCGCCACGGAGGAUCUCAUGCCCGAUGCAGAGUCGAUAACAAAUGUCUCUGGGUUCUUGAGCAGCCAGCAGCUGAAUCACUUGAUUGAGCUGUUCGAGCGGGAACAAAUCACAUUGGACAUACUCGCGGAGAUGGGACACGAUGAUCUCAAGCAGGUGGGCGUGUCCGCCUAUGGAUUCAGGCACAAGAUACUCAAGGGAAUUGCACAGCUAAGAGCCACCACAGGCAUUGGCAACAAUGUGAAUCUGUGCACAUUGCUGGUGGAUCUGCUGCCAGACGACAAGGAGUUUGUGGCCGUUGAGGAGGAAAUGCAGGCCACAAUACGCGAGCAUCGGGAUAAUGGGCAGUCGGGCGGUUACUUUACGCGCUAUAAUAUUAUAAGGGUGCAAAAGGUACAAAAUCGCAAGCUAUGGGAACGCUAUGCCCAUCGACGCCACGAGAUUGCCGAGGAGAACUUUGUGCAGUCGAACGAGCGCAUGCUCUUCCACGGCAGUCCCUUCAUCAAUGCCAUUGUGCAGCGCGGAUUCGAUGAGCGUCAUGCGUAUAUUGGCGGCAUGUUUGGCGCCGGCAUUUACUUUGCAGAGCACAGCUCGAAGAGCAAUCAGUAUGUGUACGGCAUUGGCGGUGGCAUCGGGUGUCCCUCGCACAAGGACAAGUCCUGCUACGUGUGUCCCAGACAAUUGCUGCUGUGUCGCGUGGCUUUGGGCAAGUCCUUUUUGCAAUAUAGCGCCAUGAAGAUGGCUCAUGCGCCACCAGGCCAUCAUUCGGUGGUGGGACGUCCCUCAGCUGGUGGCCUGCACUAUGCCGAAUAUGUGGUCUAUCGGGGUGAACAGUCUUAUCCAGAGUACUUGAUAACCUACCAAAUUGUCAAGCCCGAUGACAGCAAUAGUGGGACGGAGGACACAAGAUGAUGGAUGCCCUCUGUUGGCUCUACGCCUACAACAACAUCGCCAGCAUUGCAGCAGCAGCAGCCACCACAGCUGCCAAUGCCACCAGCAGCAGCAGCAGCCACAGCAACAACACCACCACCACCACAACAACAACAACAACAACAGACCUCAGCUCCAGUUGCCAAGAGGCGGCCCAGGCAUGCCAAGCAGACACUACAAUUGCAAUACCAGCACUACCAGCCCCAACAGCAGCAGCAGCAGCAGCAGCACUCCUCGAUGGGUGUGACCACCACACAGCCGACGCCUGCGGGCGUCUUUACGCACAACAAUGGCAACAACAAUAAUGCUAGCCACACGAACAGCGGCAGCAACUGCAACAACAAUAACAAUGACAUGUCGCCCAUUUCGAACAGCAACAGCUACUCCUCGGUGGACACCAAUCAAACGCUGCUCAAUUCGCUGGCCAACCAACAGCGAGGCAAUCGCCAGAGGCAACACCAGCAACAGCAGCAGCCACAGCCACAGCGCAGCCCAAAGUACAGUCAAUUUAUGAUCAUCACACCCGCCGUCUCCAUUGAUCGCGACUUUGAGUACGAAUCGCAUUUGGACUACGAGGACUUUGCCAAUGCCGCCCACAAUAAUGGGAAUCUGUUCCGCUUGGGCCUGCGGCGCAGCGACAGCAGCAACAGCGGAGACAGUGGCCACAGCAGCGACAGCAGCAGCUUUCGCUCCAACUACAAUCAGUACUUGCAUCACAGUCGCCAGCAUUUGCUGUCCAAGGGGAAUGGAAACGGCAACGGCCAUCACUUUUAUACGUUCUCCUCGUCCUGGCGCUGGUGCAGCCUCCUGUGUGCGGCCAUGCGUUGCUUUGGCGCUGGUGGUGGUGGUGGUGGUGGUGCGGGUAAUGGCAAUGCGCCGUACAGCAGCUCGCUGCAACAUCAUCGACUGAGACGCUGCUCGUCGUACAAUGCGGACAAUGCCUAUGAGCACUUUGCGGCACCGUUUAAGCCGCGCAAGACGCGCGAUCAUAUGAACAACAUAACGUACGAAUUGUGACGGUGGUCCGCCGAUGUUGUGGUUAAUGAUCUCUUUGUCUUUGUUGGCCUACUCCAAAUCCGAACUCUACUACUGCUCCUUAGACUUUUAUUAAAAUUACUAGCUAUUAUAGCCCAUAGUAGAUGUCGUCGUCGUCGUCUUCACUCUCUCUCUCCUCUCUCUCGUUGUUUAUUCAAAUAUUCUACUAUAAUAUUAAAAUAAACUAAUAACAAGGAGAGCCGCAGGCAGAAAUAAUCAAAAUUGCAGCCACUUUUGGAUGGUGAUUUUAAUUCGAAUUAAAAAGUAUAAAAAAACAAAAGGAAAGAAAAGAUAAAACGAUGAAUAAACCCCUAAAGCCCAUGCCCCAUCCCUCCCUCUUGACGGUGAAUGCAUUACAUUAAAAUAAAUUAAAUUUGCGCUCCCGCGUUUAUUUAAGUGUGUUUAAGCUUAGUUAAUUUAAACAAGAUUCAAAACUCCAAUUAAAUUUAAAUAUACAAAAUAUACAUUAUA